GUGGGUUAUCUCCAGUGCAGUUUCGGAUCUCGAGCCAUCGACUUGUGUCCGCCCCUGUUUUUCUUAUUUCAUUAGACAAAUAAAUCGAAUCCCCCCCCCCCCCCGUCAUCAGUUUCUCAAUAGUACACACACAUCUCUGUCUCUCUCUCUCUCUUUCUCUCUCUCUCUGCAAUUUCGUUUUUUCCAUAUUCCUUUCUUCUUCUUUUCCUUCCUAUAUCUUCUUCCUCUUCCCCCCGACCCUCCUCCUUCCUUCAGUGCGUGCGACCAAUCAAAACUUAUCGGCUCCUGUGGAAUUCCUUUUGAUUCGAAUCAACCCAAAUAUAAAGGAGUCUUUGAUUGGAUAUAUAAAUACAAGGAGGAUCGACGUCGUUGGUUGUGUGCUGUGCUGCUGCCUGAAUCUCCCACUGCUCAGCUGAUUCAAUAUAAAUACAAAUCAUCAUGGCGGCUUUCGUUGCCAAACAAAUGCUGGGCAGCAAAAUGAACGCCGUUAAAGGUCUGGGAGGCAACGACAGCGAGGACGGCGACACCAAAGACAAGGACGACGAGGCCGAGCGUGAGCGAUUGGAGGCCAUCAAGGAAGCCGAGGAUCGCCGCAAGGAGAAGCACCGCAAAAUGGAAGUGGAACGUGAGAACAUGAGACAGGAUAUCCGCGACAAGUACAAUAUCAAGAAAAAGGAAGAAGCUCCUGAAGCCGAGACUCAAAAGGAGCCGGACAAUCCGCUGAUGCGCAAGAAGAAGACGCCCGAGGAAUUGGCCAAAGAAGCCGAAGAAGCCGACCAGGACGAAUUGACAAAAUUGAAGAACACGCUGGAGACCCAGGUGAACGAGUGGAAGUCGCAGAUCGAGAGCAAGUGCGUCGUUCAGUGAGGAAUAAAAAGCCCCACCUACUCUACACACCACAUGUAACUUCCUCCUCUUAUAUGAUAUAAAACAUUCAAAUGAUAAGAAAUUGAUGCCCCUAAUCAGCCCCAAAGAAAUAACAAAAAAUAAUUUCCAUCCCACCCAAAAAAACCAAAAUAUCGAACUUCAUCUAUAGCAGAGACGAGGGAUAACUUAUUAGCUAGGCUAUCCAAAAAUAUUUUAAUCGACACACAAACGAUACGACAGCAAAUUAUAUUCCAAUGGUGUCAUUUUUUAUUCAAUUGAAUUUGGGUGGGUAUAGGCGAUUCCUCCAGCGAAGCAACGACGAGCUAAACUAUGCAAAAACAUUAAAAUAUAAAAGAGAAAAAGGGCAAACAAAAAUAAAACCAAAACAAUUUUGGGGCGUCAAAAAAAAAAUU